AUGAACGUAUCAUCGGAAACAAUUGCCUAUCCAAUUAAUCAUCAUCAUAAUAUACUAAAUGGUACACAUUCAAAUAUGUAUACUAGUGCUUCUCCAACAGCUGUUAAUAAUAAAAUAAGAGCUAUUCAAACACGAAAAUCUCGUAUAACUCUUCAAUCUUAUUAUGAUUUUACUGAUAUUCGUCCAUUAAAUCUUAGUAAUGUUGGUGGUACUUCAACAAAUUCUUCAAAUCUUUCACCACAUAAAUUACUUGAACGAAGUAAAGAUUUACGUCUUGGUCGUAUAACAAAUCGUCAUAAUUCACGUCCAUCUGUUUUAUCUUCAAUAUCAAAUACAAAUCAACAUUCAUUAAUUUGGCCUAGUUAUAAUUCACCAAAUGGAUUUAUGAAACAAUAUCAAAUAAAUUCACCAACAAUAUCAUCAACAACUCUUGGAUUACCAAGAAAUAAAUCACCAAAUGGUCAUAUGCCUGAUAUAUAUCAACGUUUAAAUCGUACACAAACAAUAACAUAUCCACCAUUAAUUGAACAAUUAAAUUCUUCUAUGUUUAUUGAACCACGACAUAAAUCUUUACCAAAAACAAAAUCAUCUAUACCAAAAGCAUAUUAUCAACGAACAUCAAAAGGUAAAUCUUCAAUUCCAAUAUCACAUAUUCCACCAUUACGUAUAUCAAAUAAAGAUUAUUUAAAACAAUCAAAGAAUAAUAUAAAUGAAAAUAUUGUUCAUUUAUAUGAAAGUGAAGAAGAUGAUGAAAAUGUUCCUAUUAUAGAUGAAGAAUUUGAAGAAUAUAUACAAAAAUCAACUGUUAAAUGUGCUGAUUGGCUUAUUAAAUAUGUUUUUGAUCAAAAAUUUAAUGACAACGAUGAAUAG